GAGUGAGAAGAAUUUGUUUAGAGUGGAAAAUGCAAAAGGAAAUAAGAUAAGUAAAUUGCUAGUGGACUCGAGUAAAUCCAAGCGUAGUUAUGACAAUUUUUAGGUCGGAGUAAAGGUUUUGGAUCGACGUUGUUACCUGGGAGAUUCGAUUGAAGUCUAUAGAAAUUGUGGUUUGAGGUGGCGAUGAGAGUAGCGAGAGGUGCGCACUUUCUUUGUGGUGUGUAUCUUUGGAACAGAAGGAACGUGCUCUGCGCCUCAAUAAGAUAUCGGAUUGGAAUGUGACGUGUGUGGCUUUUCGAAGCAGAGCGCAUAUCAAGGGUGUUAUCUCUGGGGUGGCACUAGAAGUGAAAUCAAAGGAUAUAUGUGAAGAAUUGGAUCAAGUGGUUGGUGCACUCCGACUGACCCGCGUAGUAGAAGGCGCGAAGAAGCCCACUCCAUCCAUUCUAUAGUUUAAAAAAAAUAUAUAUAUAUGAAGUCUCUUCUCCCUUCACCUGUGUAUUUUGAUUUUAUGUGAUACCAUGUGAGAGCCUUCAUGCCCAAAACGUGAUAAAUGCAAAAUAUUUGGUCACGUGUAUGUAGAUGAGCGGGGAAUCGUAUGCCAGCUGAGCCACAUUUUUAUUUUACCUUUAUUUAACUCCGCAAGUCAGCGAAGAACAAAUUCUUAUUUACAAUGACGGCCUUCCCCGGCCAAACCCUAACACGCUGGGCCAAUUGUGCGGCACACUAUGGGACUCCCAAUUACGGCCAGUUGGGAUACAGCCUGGAAUCAAACCAGGGACUGUAGUGACGCCUCUAGCACUGCGAUGCAUUUCCUUAGACCACUGCGCCACUCGGGAGGCUUCUGUAUAAUUGCGUUGGUGAAUAUGCACCCGAAUUUCUGAAGUGUCCUGUUCGGGUGAAGGAGACUGAGGCGUAGAUGGCGGCAAUAGACCUACACCAAUAGGUGUAUUCUGCCAAACAACCUUAAAAAGAAGAAGAAGAAUAUGACAGCGCAGCGGUUGUUAUGGAGAAGCAUUUCCCCGGAGGGCUGGAGAAACAUUGGAGAGCUGGCGUUGGGGACAGAAAGCAGCUGAUCGGUUUCAGACGGCCUGAGAACACGAGCUCGCGCUUCUGUCAGACUGAAUGAACUCCAUAGGUGUCAGGGGAGGGAGGUAGAAUGUUAUGUAUUCUCAGCAGCACAAUGGAUCCUUGAGAUGCCUUGAUGCCGGACUCUUCCUGUUUUCUGAAGCACCACCUGCACUGGCCUAUUACAGGACUAGAAGACUGACAAGUGAUCCAAUCCCAUGCAGCCCCCACCUCUGACCAACCUCUGACCAACCUCUGCCCUUCCAUUCUCUCGUACUAUUGCACUCUGAAUUAAGGUUCUGUGCAGUAUUAGUUCAAAUGUCUUUAUUUUAAAAAUGUUUUUACCUCAGAUUUUUUUAAAUGAACAUUUUUUAAUAUACCGGGACCUCACGAUACAAUACUUAGGCGCCGAUAUGUAUUGUGUUUCUCAUGAUUCUAUAGUUAUUGUGAUUUGAUACUGUGGUUUUAUUUGCAUUUGAUGUUCCAAACAUAUUGCUCACCACAUGUCGGCUGCAGAGAGUCUAGAGAAAGCAUGAUAAAAUGAGUUUUGAUCAUUCAUGGAAAUAAGUGCUGAGAACAUGUUGGCUCAUUAUUUAAGAAGAAGAUGGAGAACAAGUUGUAGGAUGGCGAGUGCUAGUUAACGCUUCCUAGCAAGAAAAAUACAUUACAAAUCAAAAGUGGCGAUUUAUAAUGGAACUAUAUAGAUUUAUAAUAUUUUUUUUAGCGCCGAUAUGGAUUUAAGGACUGAAAUAUGGUUCAAAGUUAUUUUUCUUCACUUUCUACUGCUAAAAUCCAGAACCAGAUCAGACCAGUGAAACAGGACAACAGAGGGGGGAGGGGGUGGGCAUUGGCGUGGCAUGGCGGAGCACGGCGAGCUGCUCAGUGAGAUGGCAACGAUUGGGCGUCUGAGUGCCACGGAGCGCUUGAAGCAUGCCCAGAAGCGGCGCGCCCAUCAGCUAAAAGGCUGGGCCCAGAUGGACAAGGACAUGGCCCGCGGCGCGGGCAAGGCCGGCCAGAAAAGCAACAAGAAGGGGCGCACGCGCAGGGUGGUCUUCCCCAACAACAUCACUCUGCUCGAGGCUGCAGCCCGCAAUGACCUGGAGGAGGUGAGGGAGCUGCUGAACGGUGGAGUCAGUCCAGAUCUGUACAAUGAGGACGGACUCACUGCCCUUCACCAGUGCUGCAUUGAUGACUUUGUGGAGCUGGUACAGUGUCUGUUGGAUGCCGGGGCCAGUGUGAACGCCUGUGACAGUGAGCUGUGGACACCACUUCACGCUGCUGCCACCUGUGGACACACAGACCUGGUGCAGCUCCUGGUGCAGUCUGGAGCAGAGCUGCUGGCUGUCAACGCUGAUGGCAACAUGCCCUAUGACCUUUGCGAGGACGAGGCCACUCUGGAGUUGCUUGAGAUGGUCAUGGCCGAGCAGGGUAUAACCCAGGACCGUAUAAACCGGUGUCGUGGGGCUAAGGAGAUGAAUAUGCUCACAGAUCUUCGAGUGCUGGUUCAGAAUGGAGCGGACCUGAACGCUCAGGAUGACAACGGGGCCACGCUGCUGCACAUAGCGGCGGCUAACGGCUACUUGUUGGUGGGGGAGCUGCUACUGGAGCACCGGGCCAAGGUGGAGCAGAAGGACACGGACGGCUGGACACCACUCCACGCCGCCUCCUGCUGGGGACAGAUUCUGAUGGUGGAGCAGCUGGUGGCUCAUGGGGCCAGUCUCAACACCAAGUCUGUCCUGGAAGAGACGCCGUUGGAUGUGUGUGCUGACGAGGAGGUGAGAGUCAAGCUGAUGGAGCUGAAACACAAACACGACGCAAUCAUGAAGAGUCAUGACCGACACAAGGGCACCUUGCAGAGACGAGCCUCCAGCACUGGCAGCAGAGGUAAGGUGGUGCGGCGUGUGAGCAUCAAUGAGCGUUCCAGCCUGUACCGGCGGGAGCACCACAAGGAGGCCAUGGUGUGGCAGGAGAGAGGCCGGCAGGCCGAGCCGCAGGACGACGACGAGGACAGACAGACAGACAACGAGCUCCACCAUCACAUUGCCAUGGCUGCAGGUACCAUGUCGAGGCUGGAGAAUGAGGAGGGAGCGGAGAGGAAGUCUAGUCUGGGGAACGGUGGGACGCCCCUUGCCCUCUCGGCGUCUGUCCCAGGGGAGCAGUGGAGUAGAGGCCGGAUGGACCGCAGUGCCUCCUACCAGCUGAGCCCUGCCUCAGGGUCUGGGGAGGAAAGGGACAACAUGACCCUGGAGAAAUCCCACCAGACUCUAGCGGACCUGAAACGCCAGCGGGCUGCGGCCAAGCUCAACAAGUACCCCGCCCCACCUCUACUCCCUCCCUCAGAGGAGGAGCCUCCCUCUCCCACCCCUCUGCAGGAGGUGACCCCCUCCCGAGCCGCCCAGGAGACCCCCAGCACAGAGGUGGCCUUUCCCAGCGCUGUGUACUUCACUCCAGCCAGUGGGGACCCGCCCCUGCUCAAACUACGAGCCCCAGAGGAGGACACGUCCAACAACACCAAGGAGCCCUGCUGUGGAAUCAUGUAGAGACAUACAAACACUCCCAAGCCACAAUGUAGAGACACACAAACACUCCCAAGCACCCACUGCCUGACUGGAAAUGAGGGGAUGUGUAACACUCCUAUGUGGCAAACCGAUUUCAAGUCAAAACACUACGGUGACCACCAGAUAUACUUUUUAAGGAUUCAUUGCAGUUUGAUUCAUUCUAAGCAUAUUAUUUGGUUCUGUCAAUAUGCCGUUGAAUGUUUGGUCUUAACUCCAUUUUAGUAAAUGUAUUAGUACAUUUUAUCUUCUUGCACAGAUUUAUUUUAAACCCUCCUUCCUGAAAAAUGUCAAACAUUUAAUAUACGAGCACUUAACGUAAUGUUCCUCAUUGCUCCUCUGAGGGUGUGGCCAGAGGGGUCUAUUUGGAUCUCAGGAGACCUUAUGUGGCCACCUGGUGGCUUUUUAGGCUGUGUGUAGAGACCUACAGAUACCAGUAUUACUCUUGCAAUAGCACUGAGUACUUUCCUCUGAAGUCCCUUUUUUCAUGUGUGUUUGGGGCAGUUCAAUAAGAGUUCUCACACAGGAUGUAUCAAGCACAUACUAUAUGAAUUGGUCAUCUGACUUCAGUGAGUAAGAUGCCCCUUUUCUGCUUUGAAUAAGCACAAGAGCAGAAUGAACCAAACCUGAUUUAUGCUUUUUUUCAAGCUGAUAUUUGGACCAAUGAAUGAUUUUUCCUACUUAUGAUUGACUGAACAUGAUUUGAGAUGUGCACUGUAACUUGAUGUGCACUAUUGAUUGAAGGGAAGCACGGAUUAUGAUCGAGAGUGAGGCAAUUUCCUAAUGUGAUUGAUACAAAAGGGUACGUGAUAGCAUUUAUUGAUCUGACAGUGCAUCCUGAAAGUAUAGAUUGACUUUUUUCCAAAUUUUGUUUCAUUACAGCCUUAUUCUAGUUCCCCCCCUCAAUCUACACACAAUACACCAUAAUGACAAAGCAAAUUUAUUACAAAUAAAAAAACAUAUCACUUAACACAAGUAAUCAGACCCUUUACUCAGUUCUUUUUUGAAGCACCUUUGGCAGGGAUUACAGCUUCGAGUCUUGGGUAUGACGCUACAAUGUCAUGCUUCAACAUAAGGAAGGUAUUGGCCAGGUGUUGAGCAGUGCCUGGUUUCCUCCAGACGUGACGCUUGGCUUUCAGACCAAAAGUUCAAUGUUUUCAUCAGACCAGAAAAUGUUGUUUCUCCUGGUCUGAGUCCUUUAAGUGCCUUUUGGCAAACUCCAAGCGGCCUGUCAUGUGCCUUUUACUAAGGAUUGGCCAUAAAGGCCAGAUUGGCGGAGUGCUGCAGAGCUGGUUGUCCUUCUGGAAGGUUCUCCCAUCUCCAUAGAGGAACUCUGGAGCUCUGUCAGUGAUCAUCAUCAGGUUCUUGGUCACCUCUUUGACCAAGGCCCUUCUCCCCUUGAUUGCUCAGUUUGGCAGGGCGGCCAGCACUAGGAAGAGUGUUGGUGGUUCCAAACUUCUUCCAUUUAAGCGUGAUUGAGCCCACUGUGUUCUUGGGGACCUUCAACGCUGUGGAAAUGUUUUUGUACCCUUCCCAGAUUUGUGCCUUGACCCAAUCCUGUCUACUGACAAUGCAUUUGACCUCAUGGCUUGAUUUUUGCUCUGACAUGCACUGUCAACUGUGGGACCUUAGACAGCUGUGUGUGCUUUUCCAAGUCAUGUCCAAUUAAUUGAAUUUACCAAAGGUAAACUCGAAAAACCUGUUUUCGCUUUGUCAUUAUGGGGUAUUGUGUGUAGAUUGAUGAGGGAAAAUGUUUACAUAAUAAGGCUGUAACAAAAUAUACAAAGUUAAGGAGUCAGAAUUCUCUCUGAAUUAACUGCAUUUGUUUUCCAGACACACCAGUCUGUCUGACAGGGUACAGAAUUGGGAUUGUUUUUGAGAAGUUUAUUUUUCUCGUUGGUUUGAAUUUGUAUCACAUUUAAGUGUAGACAAGUGCUUAUUGCCCUACCUUUCUCCUGAUCAGCAUUCAUCACUGUUAUUAAAAUGAUUUAAUGAACAAAAAAAUAAUCUGUUCAAGUGCACUAAGAAAAUUGUACAUUUUAAUAAGAUGCCAUUUGUUAACAAGUUGUUUUUUGUUUUUUUCCUAAAUGAUUGUAAGAGAUUCUUAUAUUUAAAUGAAGGUGUUUUUGUCAUGAUGUUCAACGUUCCUCCUCAGGAUGACAACUUUCUCUAGACAUUUCUAUUUGAACACUUUCUAUACUCUGAAUAGUCGUGCUCAGUGGCUACAGUAGGUUGUCCUUAACCAUUCCUUCACAACAAACCUUUCCUUCCUAGAAACCAGGAUCUACCUUGUUUUCUAUACAUUUCUGUCAGGGGCGGCAGGGUAGCCUAGUGGUUAGAGCGUUGUACUAGUAACCGCAAGGUUGCAAGUUCAAACCCCCGAGCUGACAAGGUACAAAUCUGUCGUUCUGCCCCUGAACAGGCAGUUAACCCACUGUUCCUAGGACGUCAUUGAAAAUAAGAAUUUGUUCUUAACUGACAUGCCUGGUUAAAUAAAGGUAAAAUAAAAAUAAAAGGUGU